AUGAGCAGAGGGACUGAAACUCGACAAGAACGGCCGGAAGACCAGGACCUCGUCAAGAAAGGCUACACUUUCGUCAAGAAGAUCGGAUCCGGUUCUUACGGGAAAGUAUGGCUGGCGGAAUUCCACAACGACGGCCGGUCGAUGAAAUUGGCCUGCAAGAUUGUCAACUUGGAGCGCAUGCCGCCCAAGUUUGCGAGGAAGUUUUUCCCCAGGGAACUGGAUAUCAUCAUGUGGGUGGAUCAUGCGUAUGUGAUCAGGACCCACAGCAUCCUGGAGAGGCAGCAUCAAGUCUUCAUCUUCAUGCAAUACGCCGACAGUGGGGAUCUGUUGGACUAUCUCAAGAAAUACGGGGUCCUGCCCGAGAUCAACGCCCACAUCUGGUUCAAACAGCUCACCCUGGGGCUUCAGUAUCUUCACGGCAAGAAAGUGGCGCAUCGGGACCUCAAGUGCGAGAACUUGCUCUUGACCAAGAACUUCAACAUCAAGAUAGCGGAUUUCGGAUUCGCCCGGUACGUCGUGGAUUCAGACGGGAAACGGGUUUUGAGUGAGACGUACUGCGGGUCUGCGGCUUAUGCGGCCCCCGAGGUCAUCCGUGGGACUCCGUACAACCCGGUCAUGUCGGACAUCUGGUCGGCCGGGGUCGUCCUCUACGUCAUGGUCAACCCCUCCAUGCCCUUCGACGAUUCGGACGCGAAGAAGCUGCUCCGGAACCAAGAGACGAGGAACUGGGCCUUCAGGUCCUCCGUGAGGGACCGCCUGACCCCUGCCAUCAAGGACGUCGUGACCCGGAUGCUGGAGCCGGAUGUCACCAGCCGGAUCACCCUGGAUCAGAUCCUGCGACACGAGUGGCUGAGCGAGAACACGUUAAAGGAAUUGGUGGCCGAGCACGACGCAAUGAAGAAAACCAAGGAGCAGGAAAAACGUGCACAGCCAAUCCCAGGUCAACAAGCACUGCGAGUGCCAGGUAAUCACUGA